AUGACGGGGAUUCUCCUACUUCCAGAGCUCAUUCCUCCAGAAGCACCAGCGAGCAGCUUCCUGCUGGAGGGAGACAUCGUCAAGGUGAGUCCUUUCAGAGUGUUUUCAUCUGCAAGCCCAAAAUGGCCUAAGAGAAGAGGAACUGUCCAAAUUCCCUACAUCAUCUCCUACAAAUAUGACAAGCCUAGUGUGAAGAUCAUCAAGGAAGCAUUUGCAGACUUCGCAAGAUUCACAUGCAUCAAGUUUGUUCCAUACUCGUACCAGAGAGAUUUCAUCUCUAUCAUGCCGAUGUCUGGGUGCUUCUCCAGCGUUGGACGCACUGGUGGGAUGCAAGUGGUCUCCCUAGCACCUGCUUGCCUCCGAAGGGGGAAAGGGGUGACUCUGCACGAACUCAUGCAUGUGGUGGGUUUCUGGCAUGAGCACUCCAGGGCUGACCGGGACAAGUACAUUAGCAUCUCCUGGAACGAAAUCUUGACUGGUUUUGAAAUUAACUUCAUGAAAUCCUGGAACAGCAACAUGUUGGUGAACUAUGACUAUUCCUCAGUCAUGCACUAUGGCAGGUAUGCCUUUAGUAUGACUGGCUUGCCCACCAUCAUACCACUCUCCAAUCCUUAUGUUGCUCUUGGCCAGAGGUGGAAUCUGAGCAGUUCGGACAUUGCCAGAGUCAACAAACUCUACAAAUGUUCUCCGACUCUGACAGAAUCAGGUGGUUACAUCUCCCUGAAGUCCCCUUCUGCCAGACAAACCACCGGACAUAAGACUUCUCUAAUCAGCCCCAUCCUGCAAAGGCUUGGAUGCAUCCACUUCUGGUACAGUCCCCUGGGCUCUGUCAUGGGCACAAUAAACAUCUAUAUCAAGUUGACAGAUGCCCCUGAGUGGCACAGAAUUUGGUCUGCCAAAGGGCAGCAGGGCACAGACUGGCAUCAAGUAGGCAUGGAGGCCUCUGAGUCACAGAAGCUGCAGGUGAUGGUGGAAGGUGUCAUUGGCCCAGAUGCAGGGAGUGAUGUUGGCAUUGAUGACCUGUCUGUCUGCAUGGCAGAGUGUUGGGGAGGCUGUGACAAGCUGAUUCAUUGACAUGAAAAGUGA